ACUCUUCCCGCCCCUUCCGGGCCGCGCUCGGAAGUUCUGGGGCGGGAGCAGCCGCGGUGCCGCGGGACGUGAGGAGGAACGGAGGGGGGGCGGAUGAAAGGGCCGCGGCGGCAGCAGCUGUGCGGGGGGCAGGACCCGACAUGAGGCUGGCAGUACCUCGUGUGACCCUAAAAAUAUGACUGUUUGCCUACUGCACCAAAACUCCUAAAUAUUUCAUCUGCCAUUUGAACACCUGGCUUCAACUACAAUGCAACAAGCUUUAGAACUGGCAUUGGAUCGUGCAGAGUAUGUCAUUGAAAGUGCCCGUCAGAGACCUCCCAAACGAAAAUAUUUAUCCAGUGGAAGAAAAUCUGUAUUUCAAAAGCUAUAUGACUUGUAUAUAGAAGAAUGUGAAAAAGAGCCUGAGAUAAAGCAGAAGCUGAGGCGAAAUGUGAACUUACUUGAGAAGCUGGUUAUGCAGGAGACUUUGUCAUGUCUGGUAGUGAACCUCUAUCCAGGGAAUGAGGGUUAUUCGCUGAUGCUCAGGGGAAAAAAUGGAUCAGAUUCUGAGACCAUUCGACUGCCUUAUGAGGAAGGUGAACUCCUUGAAUAUUUGGAUGCAGAGGAGCUGCCACCUAUUUUGGUGGAUCUUUUAGAAAAAUCUCAGGUUAAUAUUUUUCAUUGUGGGUGUGUCAUAGCAGAAAUACGUGACUAUAGGCAGUCUGGUAACAUGAAAUCUCCAACAUACCAAAGCAAGCAUGUUCUUCUGCGUCCAACAAUGCAGACUUUAGUUUGUGAUGUGCAUUCUCUAACAAGUGACAACCACAAAUGGACACAGGAAGACAAACUUCUACUUGAGAGCCAACUUAUCUUGGCUACAGCAGAGCCUUUGUGUCUUGAUCCUUCAAUAGCCGUAACCUGCACAGCAAACAGACUCCUCUAUAACAAGCAGAAGAUGAAUACUCGCCCAAUGAAACGGUGUUUCAAGAGAUACUCCAGGUCGUCUCUGAAUCGGCAGCAGGAUGUGGCACAUUAUCCAACUCCACCUCAACUCAGACUACUUGACUACUUACAGAAAAGAAAGGAAAGGAAAGGGGCCCAGCAGUACGACCUCAAAAUUUCUAAAGCUGGAAAUUGUGUAGAUAUGUGGAAACAGAACCCUUGCUACUUGUCUGCACCUUCUGAAGUUGAUGUGGAAAAAUAUGCCAAAGUGGAAAAGUCUGUCAAACCUGAUGACUCUCAACCUACUGUCUGGCCAGCACAUGAGAUAAGAGAUGAUUAUGUGUUUGAAUGUGAAGUUGGUAAUCAACUUCAGAAAACAAAACUGACCAUUUUUCAGUCCCUUGGUAAUCCGCUGUACUAUGGUAAAAUACAGACGUUCAAAGGCAGUGAGGAGAAUGACAGCCCAGUAACUCCAUCACAGUUCCUUAUUGGCUCCAAGACUGAUGCUGAAAGGGUAGUGAACCAAUACCAGGAACUAGUUCAAAGUGAAGCUAAAUGUCCAGUGAAAAUGGUUCAUAAUUCAGGUGGAUCAGUCAACCUAAGUCAUCUUUCUCCAGGGAAGGAAAUGGAACAGCCAGAGAGUCUAUCAGGGUCCGUGCAGUCUUCAGUAUUGGGGAAAGGUGUAAAACAUCGACCUCCUCCCAUCAAACUACCUUCAAGUUCAGGAAGUAGUUCUUCAGGUAAUAUUUUUAGUCCACAGCAGUCAAGUGGCCACCUAAAAUCCCCAACUCCUCCUCCUCCUUCUAAGCCUCCCAGUCUUUCUCGGAAACAGUCUAUGGAUCUUAGUCAAGUUAGCAUGCUUUCUCCAGCUGCCAUGUCUCCUGCGAGCUCUUCACAAAGGUCUGGAACUCCUAAACCAUCUACUCCUACUCCAAACAACACCCCUUCAUCGACCCCACACCCUCCUGACGCUCAGAGCUCAACUCCUAUUACCCCUUCUGCCACCCCUACUCCCCAAGAUUCAGGCUUCACCCCUCAGCCCACUUUGUUAACCCCGUUUGCUCAGCAGCAAAUGUCUCUGAGCCAGGCAUUGCCUGUAAUGACCAUUCCUCUUUCCACCAUGGUAACAUCCAUUACUACAGGAACCACCUCCACCCAGGUCAUGGCAAACCCUGCAGGACUUAACUUCAUCAAUGUAGUGGGCUCUGUGUGUGGAGCACAGACAUUGAUGAGUGGCUCAAACCCUAUGCUGGGGUGUAAUACUGGUGCCAUAACCCCUGCAGGUAUAAAUCUGAGUGGCAUUUUACCAUCAGGAGGUCUGGUGCCAAAUGCGCUGCCAGCUGCAAUGCAGUCUGCCUCUCAAACAGGCAGCCCUUUUGGUUUAAAAAAUGCUUCAGGUCUUCGGCCCUUAAAUCUACUACAGCUUCCAGGUGGUUCACUUAUUUUCAACCCACUUCAGCAGCAACAGCUCUCACAGUUCUCUCCACAGCAGCAGUCCCCGCAGCCUGCAACCUCUAGUCCUCAACAGCAGGGAGACCAGGUGGUGAGUGGUUGAUUGGAGUAGUUGUUUAAAGGAAGAGGAGAUGAACAAUACUAGUUUACUAAAUAGCAAGGAUCUAUUUUUGGAUGGUAAAAGUCAUUCAUAAUUUCUCCUUUUACAAGGAAUAGGAAUAUAAAAAUAAGUUGUGUUGCCCAGUUAGUCCACUGUCCUUUCAGCUCUGUAGUCAUGACAAUACUGAAAAGACCAUUAUGGUUUGCUUCUAACAGUUCCUGUAUUGCUUAACUGUGUUUUAGUUAGCAAAGAACUGACAAAGAUAGGGUAGCCCUCUGGUGGUUCAUAUUAUGCCUUGCACACUAUAGGUUUCAGAGUAACAGCCGUGUUAGUCUGUAUUCGCAAAAAGAAAAGGAGUACUUGUGGCACCUUAGAGACUAACCAAUUUAUUUGAGCAUAAGCUUUCCGAUGAAGUGAGCUGUAGCUCACGAAAGCUUAUGCUCAAAUAAAUUGGUUAGUCUCUAAGGUGCCACAAGUACUCCUUUUCUGUUUACACUUACUAUAGGAUGUCAGCUGCAUAGGUUUGUAUGAAUUUGCUAGCCUUAAAAUUAAAUAAGCCUUCAUAUAGUAUAAUUUAAGUUGAAAGACCCAUUGCAUUCUAAACUCCACUUUGACUCCCCUUUUUAUUUUGUCAGAAACAUCUCCUCUUUGGCCUUAAAAAUUGUUAAUUUCAGAUCAGAAGAGAAUUUUGUUUUUUAACAUUCACAUGCAUGUUGGGUAAGGAGGCUUUUAGUUACAGAGUAUUGGAAACUUAGCAUACUUUGGAUUUUAAAUGAACAUAACUUUUUGUCUA